AUGCCCAAGAAAGGCCCCGUCGACCAUCUCAUCGGCGACAAAGAGGGUGGUGGCGUACAUCCCGCCAAGUUUGUCGUCUGCCUCACGGUCUUUGUGCUAGGCUUCAUCUACUCUUGCGUCGAAUGCUUCGCUGCAGACCACCGGCGUGCUGGGCGGCGAAAGAAAAGAGACGAACAUCGAGACGACGAGGACUGGAACGGCAAGGGUAAAGGUAGGGGUAAAGGAUGA